AUGCGCUACACGGUUCUACUUCUCCUCGCCACCCCCUCGGCGCUAGCUUUCCCAUGGCUCAAACCCGAAGGUCUUGAGGCUCUCUUGAACCAUCCAGAAGCACGCGCUGAAAUUAAACGUCAGCUGCAAAGCCGAAAUGCUACUUCAGUGAAGCCUCGCCAACUCGUAGACAUCCUCAAACCCAUUUUGGACCCUCUACUAGGAUUCAUCCCAACAUCCGACUCUGUAAAGGGAUUGAAGAGGUUUCCUGAGGCGGACUAUCCUUUCCAGCCUCCUGGCCCUACUGACCAGCGUGGUCCUUGUCCUGGUCUCAAUACACUGGCAAAUCAUGGAUAUAUCCCACGAAACGGCAUCGUGACAAUCGCCCAAAUCCAAGCCGGAACCCAAGCCCUCUUCAACAUGGCUCCAGACCUAAGUGCGCUCCUCGCCACCGGCGGAGCCCUCGAUGGCGGUGACAUUCUCUCCACCAAGAUGAGCAUCGGUGGACCGGACGCACGCGUAGGUGUCCUAAAUGGUGCCCUCAACUCCCUCCUUGGCACCCCCUCUGGCAUCGCAGGCCACGGCAAAUUCAACGAAGGCGACGCCUCCGCCACACGCCUCGACUUCUACCUUAGCGGCGACAACAUCUCCUUCCAACCCUCACUUUUCAAGCAACUCCACCAGCAAGCCCUCGCGCACGGCAACGGCACCUACAACACCGACGCCAUCAAAGAGCACUUUAAAGCCCGCUACGCCGCCUCCCGCGCCGCAAACGCUCAAUUCUACUUCAACCUCCCCUCGGCCGGCGUCGUAAUGGGCGCCUACUACUUCAUUCCCGGCUUCUUCUCAAACGGCACCCUCGCAAACGAAGCUUCCAUUACAAGUUUCUACGGCGCAAAGCCCAAGCCCGGCGGCAAGUGGAACGACCCAGAGCUGGAAUACACACGCGUGCCUGAGCGCAUCCCAGAGCAGGGCUGGUACCGCCGCGCGACACCCAUGACGGUCGUCGAGGCCGCCGCAGGCAUCCUGGAUGUCUAUCUGUACGCUAGACCGGCGAUCGGGGGCGCGGGCGCGGAUCAGUCGUGGGUUGUGGGACCCGUGGAUUUACCUAAUAACCCCCAGGCGCUAUCGUGCUUCCUGUACAAUGCAGUCUAUGCGAAUUUCCCGAGCGAACUGUUCAACUCGGUCGUGCUGGUGCAGAGUGUGGUUAAUUUCUUGACUGCCAUGUUGGUGCCUGGGUACAAGGCAUUGGGGUGUCCUAGGGAUUUCCCGGACAUGAGUGGGUUCAGCUCAGCGGGUUAUGAUGAGUGGGCAAAGGGGUACACGGGGGAGGCGAAGACGAAGGCUGUGGGGAGUGGGUGGUAUAGGAAAGGGUAAGAGAUGUUGUAAAUCUUGUUGGCUGGUGCAGUACGCAGAGUCAUUUC